UCAGCUGUUAGUAAAUUCAUGAUGGCCGCCAUAAAUACGUAAAUAUUGUUUUAUAGGUUAAAUUUUAUGAACAAUCGUUGACAAUCGUUUUAAAUCUAUUUGUUAAAAAAAAUAGUGUUUUUAAUUAAUUAAUUAGGUUAAUUGUCCUUGUAUGAUGGAAAGACACAGACAUAAAAGUAAUUAUGAACGGUCGCGAUCGAAAGAAAGACAUGAAAAUCGUGAUAAAUAUAAACACAAAAGGGACGAUGAUUAUGAUAACAAAAAACGAGAAAAAAAUUCCAGUUCUAGACAUAAAUCGGAAAAAUCAAGUAAUAAGAAGAAGAAAUCUAAACAAAAGGAACGAUCACGAAGUCGUGAGAAGUCUUCCAAACGUAAAAGUAAAAGAUCACCAUCUUCGUCUUCCUCUGAUUCCUCUGAUUCGACGUCAUCUGGUUCGUCGUCAAAUUCAACGAAACUUUUAGAAAAAUUACAAAAACAACGUCAAGUAAUGAUUGAUGAACGUAAACGACAAAAGGACAUAAUGAAAGCAACCGAAACACCCGAGGAGAAAAGAUUACGUCGUUUAAAAAAGAAAGAGGCAAAGGAACGUAAACGAAAAGAAAGAAUGGGCUGGGACAAUGAUUAUUUACAUUAUACAAAUACGGAUAAUCCAUUUGGUGAUGGAAAUUUACUAACAACAUUUGUUUGGAAUAAAAAAUUAGAGAAAGAAGGAUUAUUGGGUGUAAGUCGUGAACAAUUGGAAAUAAGAAAUAGACAUAAACAAGAAGAAAAUAAAAGAGAAUUGGAGAAAGUAAAGAAAAGACGAAUGGAACGUGAAUUAGAAAGACAACAAAGAGAAGCAGAAAUGGCAUUGUUACAACGUGGUAAAGAAGCAGCACAACUUGAACAAUGGGCACGUCAAGAGGAUCAAUUUCAUUUGGAACAAGCGCGAUUAAGAUCAAGAAUAAGAAUACAAGAUGGUCGUGCAAAACCAAUUGAUUUAUUGGCAAAAUAUAUUAGUGCUGAGGAAGAAGUUGAUGCAGUUGAAAUGCAUGAGCCUUAUACUUAUUUACGUGGUUUAAAUGUUAAAGAUUUGGAGGAUCUUAUUGAGGAUAUUAAAGUGUAUAAAGAAUUGGAGAGGGGUAAAAAUUUAGAUUAUUGGAAUGAUAUCACUGUAAUUGUCGAGGAUGAGCUUAUAAAAUUGAGAAAAUUAGAAGGAUCCGAAUACGAGCUUGCUGUUGGUCGAAGAGAAGGAAUUCAUGAGUCAGUUGCAAAGGAUGUAACUGCCAUUUUCAAGGGUAAGACAGCAUCUCAACUUGAAGCUUUACAAUUGCAAAUUGAGACGAAAAUUAGUGGUAAACCUGAAGGUGUUGACAUUGGUUAUUGGGAAAGUUUAUUGUCUCAAUUGAAAGCUCAUAUGGCCAGAGCUCGUUUACGUGAUAGACAUCAGGAGAAUUUGCGUAAAAAAUUGGAAGUUUUGAUAGCCGAGCAAGGAGUAACAAAAGCAGAAGGCGAAGUCGAUGUUUCACAAGAAUCAAGUGAAAUUUCUGUAAAAGCAGAAGAGCCUUCGUCAAGUUCCGCUCAUGUGGAGAAGAAUGAUGACAGCCAAUCGGAUAAGGAACAAGAGAAUGAAAACACAAGUGCAGGUGAUGAAAUGAUAACGGAAUCAUUUAGUGAAUAUGAAUCGGGUGGUUAUUCACCGAAAUAUAUAACACAAUCGCAACUCGAACCGGGAACAAUUGUCACUCUCGAGGAAGACGAUAGUCAACGUUUGGAAUAUGCACGAAAUAUGGUUCUAAAUACGGGUCGUAAAGUACAAAAUGUUAUGACAGCCGAGGAGCAGGCAAUGUUGAAGGAAGCGAGAAAAAAUAUGGGCGACGAUGAGGCUCAAUUUAGCGUUGAAUCAUCAUUGGAAGCACAAGUUUAUCUUUGGUCUGACAAAUAUCGCCCGAGAAAACCACGUUACUUUAAUAGAGUUCAUACUGGAUUCGAAUGGAAUAAAUAUAAUCAAACCCAUUACGAUAUGGAUAAUCCACCACCGAAAAUUGUUCAGGGUUAUAAAUUUAAUAUCUUCUAUCCGGAUUUGAUUGAUAAAAGCACAACGCCAGAAUAUUUUUUGAAAAUUACAUUAAAACAAAAUGUAAUUAUUGAGAGACCAAAAACGGCAAAUUUGGAAAAACCAAGUAUUUUAAAUCCUGAUUUAAUGGACAAAUUGGAUAUGUCAAUGUUGAGCAAGGAUUCGUUGAGUCGUAUUCGAUUAGGGGGUCAAUUAGGUGGUGGGGGUGUGCCCUCGACCUCGUCCUCAUCGAAGCGAAGACAACAGCGUGCAUCCAUCGAUACGGAACUGCCUCGACACACCCGGACGACAAGCUUCACUAAGUGCACCACCACGCGGAAGAAACAACGUCCCAUUUCGCGAUCUUCGACUGACAAUUUUUUUCGUGUCGAUUUAUCGCCCCUUGAACUUUCUUCUAUGCAUAUGCAGCAUCACCAUAAAUCGGGUGACGGAAAAUCUGAUCGGAAAUUGGACAAUAACAAUAAUAACGGAAGUGGAAUUUCAGCAAAAUUCACAAAUUUAUCACAACCAUCACGAAAAUCAGUGAAUGAAAAUAUUUCCUCGGAUGUUGAAUUAUUCACGAGAUUUAUUAAAGGAACACCGGAACCUUGUACAACGUGUGGACUUAACGAUCAACCAGAACGUUUACAUAGUCAUCCAAAAGUUCCAAUUCUCAAAAAUAAAUUGGGCAAUAACAAUUUGAAUAAUAACGUUUCGUCAAUUGUAAAAAAAAGUAUUCAAAAGCCAGUUGCAUUAAAUUUUCGUAGCGAUAAAAAUAAUAAGGAAAAAAUGAAGAGUCAUGUGGAAACGUCAAAAAAAAUGUCAACUACUGGCAAAAGUAAAACACCGAGUCCAAUAUCGACAAAAAAUUCAGCUAAAACUGGAGAAAAUAAUGAUUCACGAAUUCCCAAGACACUCACUUGUUACAUUUGUAAUCGUGAUUAUGGAACUGCGAGUUUUCCAAUUCAUGAACCAAAGUGCCUCGAAAAGUGGGAACGAGAAAACAAAACUUUGCCACCUUCACAAAGGCGACCAAUUCCUCAGAGACCAAAUGUGCCAAUUGAUCAUCAAGAUUGGAAUUUGAAAGCAUUGGAAAAAUGUCAAACAUUAUUGAUACCGUGUUCAAAAUGCGGAAGAACAUUCCUCGCUGAUAAGAUAAAUGUCCAUGAAAUCAAUUGCAAAUCAUAUUGGCAGAAUAUUGAGAAUGAAAAUCCAGAUGCGAAGCCAAAAUUAAAUCGUAUUCGUUCAGGACCACCGACAGUUGUUUGUGAAAUUUGUUCUCGAAAUUUUGGUACAAGAAGUAUAAAAAUUCACAUGCCACAAUGUUUGAAAAAAUGGCAAUUUGAAAAUGGUAAAUUGCCAUCAAAUCAAAAGGCUAAUGGAUCGUUAAGAAAAAAUAUGGCAUCACGAUCCGAAGAAACAGUUCAACGACGAAAAUCAUCGGCAGAUUCUGUGUCGAAGAAAACUUUCACGUGUUACUUAUGUGACAGGAAUUUUGGUUCUGCCAGUAUUAGUAUUCAUGAAACUCAAUGUCUAAAACGAUGGCACAUUGAAAACAAUAAGUUACCUGUACAAAAGAGAAAGAAAGAACCAAAGAAACCUGACAAUACAAUAAGUGAAGCAGCUUCUCGAAAAUCGGCUCCAACUUCAUCUGAAUUAGCGGAAUUAAGUUGGAAACAACAUCUGGACAAAUUGAUUCCUUGUAAUAAAUGUAAAAGAACAUUUAAUCCCGAUAGAGUAACUAUACAUCAACGAAGUUGUAAAGGAACUUGAUAAAGGAAAUUCAUUUUUUUUCUUUAACAAAAAAAAAAAUCGAAAAACUUAUACUAAAUAUUUUUUGUCGUAUCUUGAUAAUAAUUAAUUUACAGUAAAUAAUUACAGUUUAGAUUUUAUUGUUUUAUGCGCACUUUAUUAUAAAUAAUAAGUAAAAAAUAGUGUUUCCACUGAGAUCAAUGAAUCAUAUUAGAUUUAAAAAUUUUUUAAUAAUUGUUUUUAAAUGUGAAAAAUAAUAAUAGAAUUUAAAUUUUUUCAAAAACGUGUAAUUUAUCUAGUUAUAAAUUUUGUACAAAAAAAAAAAACAAGAUAAAAGUAGAAUUACUUUUUGAAAAUAUAUACAAUAAGCAACUGUCGAAAUAUAAUUUAGAAAAUUAAAAUAUUAAAUUUUUUAAAAAUAAA